GAUUGUGAUUCGGCUUGCUCAAUUGUACCAAAAGCCGUUUGAGCUUCCCGGACCCGGGAGGAGUCGGGAUCAAGCGAGAUGGCUGACGGGUGGAGACCUUUUGCUAAUCUUGCCCUUGGUUAGGAUGGGACUGAUUUGGCUCUUCAGUCGCCUGAUGUCUCCAAAAUGACAGUACUGAGAGUGAUGCUUCGAAGUAGGAUAGAACUGAUACAAAACAUGGGUUGCAUCUAGCCUCCAUAUGUAACAUCGAUCUCCCCCGGUCGCGUCACCUUGCACAGGGAGUUGACCGUCGGGAACCAGACCAUGCCCUCGAUGUUUUACAAGGAUUCAACUUACCUUUCAACCGGAUAUACUUGGAUCUGCACAGUAUUUCGGUUGCAAGCACGGAAACUAAGAUGGAUAUGGGGGCUGAACUCUCCUUUUACCGCCAGGCCCGUGGGAUGAGAAGGAAACAUCGGUCACGUGCUUGCAAUGUUUGACUGCUUUGCUUGCUAGUGGCUGUUUUCGUAAGUGCUACAGAUAUGAGUACUAGAACAACAUAAUCGACGGUGAAAUAUAGACGACUUUGCAGAACCCAUUUGUCGUGACGCCUUUUCACCGCCAGCUGAUCCUAAACCAACUUCCAGGUGUUCCUCGCGAUCAAGGGAUGGUGAAGUAGAACUCUCCGCCGCCUUAAGCACCUCGCGAAAAGUCGGAGCGAUAACGAUAAGGCCUCGGCAGAGUUGCCCUGCCCCGAACCUGUCGGGACCCCUCGAGCCGUCAUUGGCAGCCCCGCGGUCAACAGAAGAAUACAGAAGUGUUGCUGCUACGAGUAUUUGUUUCCAUUCUUCCUGUCUGUCUCCUCGAAAGAUCCUGUCCUACCUCAAUCACACACGAGCUACGCUACAAUUGCAUCUCUGUGCUUAGAAGCCUACUUUCGAAACUUCCCUUCGAGAAAUCCCCCGUUCAACCGUCAAAAUGGCUCGCAAGUUCUUCGUUGGAGGAAACUUCAAAAUGAAUGGGACGAUCAAGACCAUCAAAGAGAUUGCCCACAACCUCUCCUCAGCCAAACUUGACCCGAAUACUGAGGUGGUUGUUGCUCCCCCAAGCUUGUACCUUCUCCUUGCCCGAGAGCAUCUUGCUCCCCACAUCGAAGUCGCAGCUCAGAAUGUGUUCGACAAGCCCAACGGUGCAUUUACUGGCGAGAUCUCAGCGCAGCAACUCAAGGACAGCAACAUCACUUGGGUCGUUCUGGGUCAUUCGGAGCGUCGUACCAUCCUCCGCGAGGAUGACGACUUUGUUGCCAGCAAGACGAAGACCGCUUUGGAUAGUGGCAUCAACGUGAUUCUGUGCUGUGGAGAGUCCCUUGAGGAGAGAGAAAAGGGCGUGACCGUUGACGUGGUCACAAGACAAUUGCAAGCGGUGAACAAGGUCAUUGGCAAGGACGGCUGGAAGAACGUCGUGAUUGCAUACGAGCCCAUCUGGGCCAUUGGUACCGGCAAGGUCGCCACGACUGAGCAAGCACAAGAAGUGCACGCUGCCAUCCGGAAAUGGCUGGCCGACGCUGUCUCGGCUGAAGCCGCAGAGAACACCAGAAUCAUCUACGGAGGAAGCGUCAACGAGAAGAACUGCAAGGAGUUGGCCAAACAGCCCGACGUCGACGGUUUCUUGGUUGGUGGAGCCAGUCUGAAGCCUGCCUUCGUCGACAUCAUCAACUGCAAUCAAGCAUAGUUACCAUAGCCAAAAGAAAGUGCUUUCAAAGUCGCUGCAGUUAUAACACGACCCUUCUUAUCAGUAUUGGAAAAUAGCAUUAUUCACAUACGAUGCCAAUGACGAUGCAACGGUGCUGAAGUCGUGCAGAAGCAUUACUUCAGAGAAAACUCACAGUUUGCGUGAACAAUGUAGUCUUCCUCCGUGGUUUUAACUCCAACAAGCCGCCCUAGCUCAAAACAUUGAAUUCCGAGGUAUAGGACAUAUAUCGACGUUGAGGUACAUAGUCAUUACCCAGCCCAGAGAAGAGAGACUUCUUCGCUGGCCUUACCACAGUCAUCACGGUCACCAACACAUACAGUAUACGCUAUUAACGCCGGCUCCAUCAUACUCCAUUGGAUUCCUUCAUCAA